AUGAGUGAUAGAAGUCAAGAAGAUGAGGAACUAUCACACACUCAAGUUCUCGCUGAUGUCGAGAAACAAAUCGAAGCUGUUUGUAACCAACUACAAUCCCUACAGCGACAAGCAAGUAGGCUUCGACGACUUCGUGAAGAGCAGGAAGUAUAUGAUUCCAUGUCGGAGAAAAUGGAAAGCAUGCAGCUUUCAACGAAAGUUAACCUCAAUGUUGGUGGCCAACAUUUCACUACAACCGUCCACACACUGACCAAGGAACCAGACUCGAUGCUUGCCGCUAUGUUUUCAGGAAGAUUUCCAAUGAAGCCUGCUGAAGAUGGAACGUUCUUUAUCGACCGAGAUGGAACUUACUUCCGGUAUAUUCUGAACUAUCUUCGUGAUGGAAAGCUAUCUUUACCAGAAGGGGCCACUUUUUUUGAAGAAAUCGAGGCAGAGGCUGAAUUCUACCAAAUUCAAGGAAUUCUCGAGGAGCUAGGGAAGCCCAGACCUUUGAAGAGCGCAGAUCGAGGAGCCAAAGCUACAGAGCCAUUUGCAGAGUCUGAAAUACUGACUCAAGAACAUGCGAAGAUAUUGUUAGGUAUGGUACCUUAUAAAACUGGCGGGUGGCGUCUUCUGUUCAGAGCUUCUCGAGAUGGUUUCGCGGCGGAGUCAUUCCACUCAAAAUGCAACAAAAAAGGUCCAACCUUGACAGUUGUGCGAAGAGGAAGCUUCAUAUUUGGCGGAUUUACCGAAGCAGCAUGGAUUGGUGGGCGCAGGCCUAACAGUAAGUAAAAAGAAUAAUAGGGAGCUUUUAAGCUUAAAACCAACGAUGACGGCGACGGCAACGAGAACGGCAAAAAAGCAAUAGGUUAAGAUUAGCAAAACAUCAACUUUGCAUAAUGUAUUUUUACAAGAUUCAUAAUGGGACAUAUAUGCCAAAAUAUUGAGAGCCAUGCGGCAGGUAAUAACGCCCCUUUAAUUUUCCUCUUUCUGCCAGGUUUUGCUAAACACGAUGGUCAGAAAUAGGGGUUUUUUUCUUCCACAUAGGUCACAGAGACGUGAAGAAUUUUCCAAAUGGCAUGAAACUUGGCAGGAUUAUUGCUUGAGAGAUUCUACAUUUUUUGGUGGCAGUUUGACAGUCUUGAUGGACAUUGUGACGUCACAAAUAGUUUUCAAAUUUGGUGUCAAAAUUUAGAAUUAAGAAAAUCGUCAGAAAAACCACAUAGAGGUGUUUUGUGAUCAGAGUGAAGCUUUCCAGUGAAAACCCCGUUGAAAUCCAUUAAAACAGGACAAAGUUACAAGCUAUUUUGUGACUGACAAUAAAAGAAGGAAUUUAAAGAAUUCAAUUGUUUUCUUACCUUAUAUGGUAAAACUUUAGGGAGGUUUCCAGUUCAAGACAAUAAAUGGAAGUUAAAAGAAAAAUAGCGGAUAACACACUGGAGAAGAUUUGUAGUUUUUGGAAUUUCCGACUCUAUAAGUAUUUUCACUUGUGACGUCAUCAAUACGUAAAUAUUACGUCAACAUAGUAUGAAAUGCGUAAAAUGCAACCUGACACCCCAUGUCCCAAAUUUAAAAAACUACAAAUUUGCGUUUAUGCAUGGUUCGCUUAGUUUCCUUACUGUUUCGUCUAAUAAGCUGGGGUUAAAUACCCCUAAAGUUUGACCAUAUAUGGUUAAUUCCAUACAUUUGGCGGGAAAUUUGAAUUUCUUUAAUUAGCUCUAACUUUGCAACAAUUUAACGGAUUUAAGUGGGGUUUUCACCAGAAAGCUCCGUUUUUUUAUGGAUUUUAUUUAUAAAGUUAUUUAAGUCAAACAAUUAAUUCCAAAUUUUAGCGCCAUGUUUCAACGUCAUUUAUGACGUCAUGCUGUCAAGCAAAAGUAUAAAACUACCAUUAAUACAUGUGGACUUUCUUUUACUAUGUUCCUGCCAAGUUUCGUCUCACACGGAAUAUUUCAUAAUCAUCUAUGUGUCUCUAAUGAGUCAUGUGGGAGGGAAAACACUCAUUUCUGACCAUCGUGAAAGGCGGGACCGCGGCCUGGUUUUCAAGAGAUUUUUCGUACAGCGGUAAUGGGUCAUUACCCUGUAGGUACUUCAUAUAUGAUUCCUAUAUAUAUGAUUCCUAUAAUGUACCGACUCGGUACACUAUAAGACCGCUCCACCAGAAGAGUCUAUAUCUCGGUACACUAUAGGAAUCAUAUAUGAAGUACCUAUCCAUUACCCAGUCAAUUCCAAGCCUGCCUAUCUAGACUGCGAGCAGUCUCUUAUUUUUCUUUGCAAAGUUACCGCACGAAACCCUCCCCAUACAUGAAGUACCUACCGCGCGAGCGUCGAAGCCGCUUGCCGCGAGAAACGAGGGCGUAAGCCCGAGAAUCUUUUGUUCUGUCCGGGGACAACGAAGCUGUAACUUGAAACGAUUUAUAAAUAGAACAUAAACAACUAAAAAAAAAUAACACUUUCUUUAAAUCCGGUAAGAUUGCCUUGAAUUCGUUUCCCUUGAGGAAAUUUGCAGCAGUUUCUUUCUGUAAGAUAUCCUAAAACUUUUACUGCUUGGUUCGCUAUUGUUUGCUGUUGGUUGUGACGCGUGACUAUUUAAACUAUAUACAUUUCAUGAUCAGUAAAGGAUAUUUUUCCUUUGUAAUGCAUUAUGCCUUAAAAAGACACGUUUGGUUUUCGUUCCAUCCCAACCCUAUCCCACAGUAUUUUUCGCAUCGGUCUAAGAAAUUGCUUUCUCACACGAAGGAAAAACAAUCAUUAAAUUUCAUCGUUUGAAGAUUUUAAAGGAAAAGACUCUUUCUUUGUGAGCGAAUGAUUGAGACAGAAAGCUAGGUGCAAGAUAUUUCAAAAUUAAUAUAAACUAAAUGUUUUGUGCGAUCAAUGCGACGAUGAAUACGUUGACGGAACGGCUCAUGUUUUAAAAGCUUGUCGGUUGUUUGUUUGUCAUUCACUAUUUUAAAUACCUUCAAAAGUGAGAAAGGUCGUAUUAAAAUUCUAGUCAGUUAUAAUUCUGUCAAUGAUAUUUUUAUCAGAUCAAUGUGGUCUUGUUUGCAAUAAUUACAACUAGCGGCUAGGAGCGAUUUGCGAAGGGUGCUUCACGCGUUUUGAUCAGAUUAUUACAAAGUCCAGCUUAUUAUUUGGGCGUCGCCUAAAUAGAGUAAUCGAGUUUGCUUGUUUUGAUUCAAAGUUGCAAUAGGCACGCAAUACGUGCGAACGUAAACAAGCCAACUAAACAUUCUUUUUUGCGCCCACUACUUCCAAGCGCUUUUCUGGGCGGUCUAUGCGUAUGAGCGAAUUUUUAGGUCUCCCGGCCGUUCGUCUCGAAUACGUCACCAAAAUGCAUUGAGAAGGCCUGGGAAGGCGCCGUACAGGGGCUGUAGGCAAAUGGUAAUCAAACUACUGUAAUCAAACCACCGGAAGUACUAUUUACGGAAAAUUUAUCGCUGGACAAAUAUGUUGGCCUGUGAAAACAGCCGUCUCUCCUUAAUGACGGCUGUUUUCGCAGGCUGUCAAUAUGGGGAAAUCAGGUCAAUCAGAAUCGGGCUACCGGGCCGGCGGGCUGCCACAGACCGUGGGUAGCGGGCCUGUUUUUAGCAAAACCCCGAGGAAGAGAGUGCUAGCAAAUGCCAUUGUCAUGUGAAACUACUAAAAUCUGCAAAGGUUUGUAAACAAAAAAGGUUAAAAAGGUAACGAUCGCAAACGUUAAGAAAUAGCUGUGAUCACAUAGAGAUGUCAGUAUGUCAGUUGUAGGGUGGGGGGAAGUGAGUGCCUUUCAGUCUUAAAGUUUGUAUAUAUCGACAAAAUUUACGUGUCUGUAGUUUUGAAUGAACGUUCUUAAAAAUUUAUAGGUUUCUAAAUUUGUUGACUUCAAAGGCCUCCAAGACUGAGAGGUCCCUUAAAAAUUGUAAAAUAACAUUUAAUUCUCUUCUCAAGGUGAACGUUUUAAAGGUACCCAAUCCAAACAAGCGUUCUUGUUCAGUUUGGUUAAUCCAUUUGGAGUGGGACCGGUUCGAAUACCAGAUGAGGAAAAAGAAAGUGGUUGUGUUAUUGUCUGUGAUAGUAAGUAUGGGCCAACGUUUCAGCAGGACCUUAAAACAUACGGCAAAAGCUACUUAUAUAUUUCAGAUAAUGCCAAUGCAUCUCCAUCAAGUCACUCUUGUCUACAUGGAAAAUUUUCUUGUCCUGAAGGAAAACCAGGAGAUUUGUUCUUCACGGGCAGUAAAAAUUUUACCGUCGAUGAUUACGAAGUGUUCGAGUUAUACUAG